UGGCGAAACACCGCCAUCAUAAGCAACCAGCGAUUGUCCUGGCUACCAAGGACCUCGUUUGGUUGACGGACGCCGUCGUGUUUUCGAUGAACGUUUACGCUCCUUGUCUGGUUGACAGAGGCUGUCGAAUGUACGAUGAGCAUAUAUGGUACUGUCCGUGCCUCGACACAUACGGCCACAGAUGAAGAGAACCUGAUCUUCACGUUCCGCAUCGAGUUCCAUUCUGUGGAAGCUGCUAACUGGGCGGUUGCAUCCUUGGCUCGUGAUCCGAUCUGGGGUCUGAGCGACGACGAGACCUGGCAUUGGACGAUGCUUAUCGACGAUUUGGGCCGCUUGAUGACCCACCGCCACCUUCAGCAAGUUGACUUCCGUGGUCUCACGCGCCACCCCGCUGACGCCCACAACCGCGUCCGUCGAGAGAAGAUUAUGGACGGAACCGAUGUUCGAACGACGAUUAUGCUUCGUAACAUUCCGAAUAAGCUUGACUGGAUGACGCUGAAGGGACCCGCCGCCGCCGGCACCACCGCCCACCAUCACGCCUAUAGCUCCCAUCGAUCAUCGUACGAAGGCGACAGUUCCGGAAGAGAGUCCGCGGCCCUGAAGCCGGCAAGACCGGGGAGAGUAAUUAGGCGGCCUUCGGAUCCAGGAAUCUUUGCCGUGAGGGACCCGUAGGGGGAAGCUUGUGUGGGGAGUUUCACCCCGUUCCAUGAGAUUGUUCGCACCGACUGCCUAGCGUAGACUUCGAAGUCACGCACGGGGUUCUUCGUGUCUCUACCCAACCCCGACUGCUAGGGACAAGUUUUUGGUUUGGUUUUGAUAAAGCUCUGCGCUUGUUGCUUGUAAACUUGUCUAUAUCUUCUCCUACCUAGGGCUGCGGCGGGGACGCUCGGCUUUCCGUAGCAUAGUAG